AUGCCGGAAGAAGCUACAGAAAGUACAGGGCCUGUGGUGUCUGUGGAGCCCGAUGUACAAAUUCCUGAAUCUCCAAAGACGGUUGCGAUGAAGAUAGAUGAAUCGCAUUCAGAAAAUGGGUCGAACAGAGAAACUAAACCACCAUCUGUGCAUAACCUAGCGGUUAAUACAUCUAAAACAGCUACCAAUGGACAUGCCAGGAGCUUGUCGGUGGUUUCAAACAACGUUAAUAACACGAAUAUCAAGUCUGUUGUUCUUUUCGUGAAGUCCACUCUACAGGAAGUUACAAAGGCAAAAGAGAUGAAGAAGCUCACCAGCUGCCAAAAGGAUAUAGAUCGGACUUUAAGUUCCUUGGACCAAUCGCUUGAGUCUGUGGGCAAUGCUACAAAUGUCUCAAUUGAGAUGGACUCUUUGUUGGUGUUUGAAGCUUUGAGGUCUUGCUGUAGAUCGAAGGUGGUUGAUAUCCAAAUUAAGGCUCUAGAUUGUCUAUCAAAACUAUUCUCGUUUCAAGCUCUCGAUGAGUCUUUACUCGUUAACCCACCGGAUGCUAUGGCAUCCAACGAUCAGAAUCAAGAAACCGCGGGCAUCACACCUCCUCCGAAGCUAAAACUUGUCGAUGCUGUCAUUGACACAAUAUGUGACUGCUUCGAGGGUGAAAAUACAGAUCCGAGAGUCGAACUGCAGGUUGUGCGUGGUUUAGCAAGCUGCAUUCUAACAGAUGAACCAACGUCGUCUGUUCACGGUGCUUCGUUACUAAAAGCAAUCAGACAGAUCUAUAAUAUCUUUAUCUUUUCCUUGAACUCUUCCAAUCAGGGCAUAGCACAGGCAACGUUGACCCAAAUUGUCUCAACGGUCUUCGAUAGAAUUGAUAUUAAGGGUUUGAACCAACAACGCUCGUUGUCCACUAUCAGUUUAAGAAAUGGUGGUUCCACCAAUGAAGAAUCUUCUACACCAGCUUCUGAACAUCCGUUAACGCUAGAAAAUUUGGAUACAUUGAAUGCUGAAACUGAAAGACUGGUAGAUGAAGAAGAAAAUACCCGCAAAGUGGAUGAGUAUAUCACUGAUGAACAAGCUCUAACGAUCAAAGAUGCGUUCUUGGUAUUUAGAGCUAUGGCAAAGAUAUCAGCAAAACCUCUAGAAGACUCAUUAGAUAUGAGAUCCCAUGCAGUGAGAUCAAAACUUUUGUCAUUGCACACGCUACAUUCAAUUUUAAAGGAUCAUAUUGAAGUUUUCUUAUCACAUAACGUCAGGGUACCUGGUAAUGACCAGAGUACAUUGGUUCAUGCUAUCAACCAGUAUUUGUGCUUAUCGUUGGCAAGAAAUGCCGCCUCUCCGAUUGCACCAGUCUAUGAAAUUACUUUAGAAAUUAUGUGGCUGAUCAUUUCGAACUUAAGAUCAGAAUUUAAACGUGAAAUACCCGUCUUCCUUACUGAUAUAUACUUCCCAAUUGCUGAUUUGAAGACUUCCACAAACCACCAGAAAAGAUACUUUUUAAGCAUAAUACAACGUGUCUGUAAUGAUCCGCGGACAAUUAUUGAAUUUUAUUUGAAUUACGACUGUGACACGCAAAUGCCUAAUGUGGUAGAACUGAUAGUUAAUUAUCUCACGAAUCUCGCAUUAACAAGGGUAGAUAUCACAUCAUCGCAGAGAGCCUACUACACUGAAUCUUUAAGCAAGCCACUUGCAACUUUUACUUACACACAAGUACCUUUGUUGUCUAUUUCAAACAUUCCAUCAGCGUCGGAUUCCUCACAGUUACCUUUCCCAGUAGACUAUGCCUUAAAACAAACUGCUUUGACUUGUAUGGUCGCAUUCCUCAAAUCUUUGAGUUCUUGGGCCCACAAGGCUCUUAAUGCAGCCACCAUGUCCUCUGUUGGUAGUGGUCAAUUGAAGAGUUUGAGCCAAAGAGCUGACUCUACUUCCUUUUUGUCCACAAAUAGACCUCGUUCUUCUUCUGCAUUAAGCGCAGUAUCGAACGCCGAUACAAAUUCGGUAUCUGAAUCUACUGUAAAUGACGAAACAGAUGAUCCUCAACAAUUUGAGAAUGCUAAACUCAGAAAAACGGAACUGCUGAAUUGUGUCAAACUUUUCAAUUACAAAUCAAAGAAGGGUAUUAAUGAGGCAAUCAAAAAGGGAUUCAUCAAAGAUGAUUCCAAUGAUGCAAUCGCUACGUGGUUAUUAAAUACCGACGGUUUGGAUUUGUCAGUUGUCGGAGAUUAUUUAGGUGAAGGUGAUGAAAAAAAUAUUGCAAUAAUGCAUGCAUUCGUUGAUCAAUUCGACUUCACUGGCCUAACUAUCGUCAAUGCCUUAAGACAAUUUCUCCAAAAGUUUAGAUUACCUGGAGAAGGACAAAAGAUCGAUCGUUUCAUGCUAAAAUUUGCAGAGAGAUAUGUCGAACAAAACCCCCAUGUGUUUUCCAAGGCUGAUACGGCCUAUGUCUUAUCUUACUCAAUUAUUAUGCUAAACACUGAUUUACAUUCUAAUCAAAUCAAGAAGAAAAUGACACUAGAGGAGUUUAUAGAGAACAAUGCCGGUAUUGACAACGGGAAAGAUCUUCCUAGGGAGUAUAUGGAGCAGUUAUUUGAUGAGAUCGCAAACAAUGAAAUCAAGAUUCUCUCAGAGCAACAUCAGGCCAUGGUAUCGGGUGAUGCUUCCGCGGUGUUACCACAACCAUCGUCAUUUGGAUUUUUCAAUGGAAAAGAUUACGAGCGUGAGGCGUAUAUUCAAGUUUCCAAGCAAAUUUCUUCAAAAACUGAGUUGGUAUUUAAAAACUUGAGCAAGAAUCAAGAUACCGUCUAUUAUGCCGCAUCCCAUGUAGAACAUGUGAAAUCAAUUUUCGAAACGUUGUGGAUGUCUUUCUUGGCUGCUCUAACUCCACCUUUCAAAGAAUACAACGACAUUGAAACAUCUGAACUUUGUCUCAAGGGUAUCACAACAUCAAUUAAGAUUGCCGCAAACUUUGACAUUGAUUAUGCUAGAGCAUCAUUCGUUGGUGCGUUGAUACAAUUCGCAAAUCUUCAAGAUCUUGAGGAAGUGAAGGUCAAAAACAUAUAUGCGAUAAGAAAUCUACUUGAGAUUGCAAUUUCCGAGGGGAAUUACAUGAAGGAUUCUUGGAAAGAUAUUUUAGUCAUCGUCUCACAAGUAGAGCGGUUGCAAUUAAUCUCCAAGGGUGUGGAUAGAGAAACUGUACCGGAUGUCGCUCAAGCUAGAUUAGCCAACCAUAGAUCAUCCAUGGACUCAACCAGAUCAUCCGCUAACCAAAGCUUCUUUGAUAGAUGGACUAGAAAAGCAACUCCUGUGGAAAUUGCACAGGAGAAGUAUCAGAAUCAAACCCUAUCUCCAAAUAUUGCUAAACUCAUAACUUCAAGCGAAUUAGUCGUUUUGAUAGACAAAAUUUUCACGAAUUCAUCUGCUUUAUCGGGAUCUGCAAUCAUUGAUUUCAUAAAGGCAUUGACAGAGGUUUCAUUGGAGGAAAUCGAUUCAUCUCAAAAUGCCACUACACCAAGAAUGUUCUCCUUACAAAAGAUGGUGGAUGUUUGUUAUUACAACAUGGACCGUAUCAGAUUGGAAUGGACACCUCUUUGGAACGUUAUGGGAGAAGCAUUCAACAAGAUUGGUACCGAGUCUAAUUUAGCAGUUGUGUUCUUUGCCAUUGAUUCUCUACGUCAGUUGUCGAUUAGAUUCUUAGACAUCGAAGAAUUAUCUGGAUUUGAAUUCCAGCUAGAUUUUCUAAAGCCAUUUGAACACAUUGUUGAGAAUACUAAAGAUAUCGAUGUGCAAGAAAUGUGUAUCGAAUGUUUCCACAACUUCAUUUUAACGAAGUCUGGGAAGAUUAAAUCAGGUUGGAAACCAAUUCUAAAGUCUUUGAAAUUUACUGCCCAAUCGCCAAACGAGAAGAUUGUCACGAGAACCUAUGAAUUGGUGUCUCAGGACAUAGUGAAGGAUCACUUUUAUGAUGUUUUAGCAAUAGACGACUCGUUCGUUGAUCUAGUGCUAGUACUCAAAGAGAUAACUAAGAACCAAAAGCACCAAAAGUUAGCAUUGCAUUCUUUAGAGACAUUGAGGAAAAUUACUGGUCAAGUGGCAGAGCUAUGUUUCAAAGAUUCUGAAAAUCCAAUAUUACAAGGCAAGGAUGAGUUUGAAGAUAUCUGGCUCCCAUUGUUAUUCUGCUUUAACGAUACCAUCAUGACAGCUGUUGAUCUUGAAGUUAGGUCUAGGGCCUUGAACUACAUGUUCGAUGCUUUGGUGGCCAACGGUUCAGAAUUCAGCGUUGAGUUCUGGAACAAGAUAUGUACUCAGUUGCUCUUCCCAAUUUUCGGUAUCUUAUCAAAGCACUGGGAGGUGAACCAGUUUAACAGCCACGAUGACAUGAGUGUAUGGUUGUCUACCACAUUAAUCCAGGCCUUAAGAAACAUGGUGGCGCUAUUCACCCAUUACUUCGAUUCUCUAAAUGGGUUGUUGAGUGGCAUCUUAGGUUUGAUGGUUUCUUGUAUAUGCCAAGAGAACGACACCAUUGCAAGAAUUGGUAGGUCGUGCUUACAGCAAUUGAUUCUUCAAAACAUGUCUGAGUUCACAGACACGCACUGGCACCAAGUUACGGAGGCGUUUGGCACCUUGUUCCAACUGACAACAGCCAACGAGUUGUUUGAAAGCGAUCCGCUAAAGCAAGGAAGACGGAAGUCUGUGCCAAACACUGCUACUACUAGUGCUAGCGCUACUACCGCUACCGCCCCAUCUACCAACGGCACUGCCACAGGUUCUACUGCGGAUACCACUAGCGAGGCAGAAAACAGCAAAGCGGAAGAAGAGAUGGAAAGGGCCAUUGCUGAGGAGAACGGACAAGAUGUUGGGAACGAGCAAGAAGGUGCAAUGGGUAGCGGCGAGGAUAUCGAUGUUCUGCCACCACAAAGGCUGGUGGUGACCAAGAGCAGCGAGGCGCUAAAACAAAAGGUCAGCGUGAAGAACACCAUUGUGGUGAAAUGUAUCUUGCAGCUUCUCAUGAUCGAGUCGCUCAGCGAGCUCUUUGAAGUGGAGGCCUUCAUGAACACCAUUCCAUUUGACGAUGCAAUCAAGCUAACCAAGCUACUCGAAUCUUCGUACGAAUUUGCACGUGACUUCAACGAUGACUACGAGCUAAGAACUCGUCUUGUUGAGGCGCGCGUUUCCAACAAAAUCCCCAACUUGGCAAAGCAAGAGACCAGCUCCGCUGCUGUCUUGAUCAACAUAUUGUUCAAGCUCUACCUGAAUCGCGACCCACCAGAAAGCGAUGCCGUCGCCAAGCACCAAGCCUUGUUGGAAAGAUUGGUCUCCAUCUGUGUCACAAUAGUCCAGAGAUAUGUCGCUAUGAACGACGGCGUGUCAGAGCGCGCCGUAAACAACUGGCGCCCAGUCAUUGUAGAAAUUAUACAGGGUUACUCAGAGUUCGAUGACAGCGACUACAAGGUGCAGUGCAAGACAAUGUACGAUUUGAUCUUACAGAUAUUGGAGAAGCCAUGUCCGGACGACUUGCGUUACGCGAUCAGAGUCUUCCUCACAAGAAUCAGAGAAACGUUCUUGGAGGACGACCAAUCAGAAGAAACACCUGUUGCCUAG